UUGCUUCCGAACUAGAAAGAUAACAGUCUGAAACAACUGUAUACCAAGGCAAUAACCCGAAGGAAAUAGAACGAAAUGGCGAGGAAAGAAUUGGAAACAAGAAUGGUAACGAAAUUCCGGACCACUGAAUCGCAUUUCCACGUGGCGGCGGCAGUUCUUCAGUGGGUCCCAUUAAAUGUUACCCACCGAAACUGCUGCGCCGAUGGCUUUGCUUGCUGUUUUCACUGUUUUCAGGACAUAACUUACGUCGCAGGACGAUAUAUACCACAGCAAAGACCGCCUGUUACAGCUGAAGAUGGCCAGGAUCCCGCUGCUCGGUCGUCUGAAACGGCGAGAAUAUGUUGCGAUCUUCUUGGGCUCACUUUUCGUCGUCCUCGAGACUCUCAUUUCGUUCAUUAUCGCCUUCCUUCCCAAACCAGUCAUUCGCUGGUUCUAUGACCGCUCUCGCUCCCUUUUCCACUACAU